AUGGAUGGACAGACAGCUCGGCCCGCUGCUACUAGUGGUGAAGGCCAAUACAACCAGACUCUGCAGCAGCCAGACCUAGCUGCCACCCAAGACACAGACUUGAUCUCCGAUGCCGUCGAUGCAACCCCCGCCGCUCUAAGAUCGCCCUUUCGAUCCAAUGCCACUCCAGCUACCGUUAAUCGAGCUUCUACACCAGAGCUUGCUGAAAGUCUGGCCUCCGGAACGAGCUACAUGAGUCUCGACCCUAUACCUGUCCCACGAAACUCUCCUGCUGCCCCCGGCUCCCCACGAGAUAUCCCUGGCGGCUUUGGUAGACGCAGAGGCAUCGUAUUCAACGACUCAUUCACUGAUCCCUCCGAACUGGACUCGGCUUCUCCCAUAGCUUCCAAGAGCUCUCCCGUCCCCGCUCGCCCUCGCACCCGCACCCUCGACGGCGCAAUCAUGUCCCACCGCGCUGUCCUUAGCUCUUCUGACCAAAGAAACCGUGUUGGCAGCAUAAGCUCCUCCAUGCCUCCCACCCAAACAUCUCUUGAAGACCAAAAACAGCCCUCCGUCGCCGAAUCCGUCUCAUACGCCACACCCGCUCUCCCCCCACGGUCUCUAGACACGCCAUCAACGCCCACUUCCACACGAGACAAAAGGACCGGCAAGCGUCUGCUCAAACAUCGCCCGAUCUCACGCCCAAACUCUCCAAUAGCAUCAUUAGCACCUUCUGUCGACUCCAUGUCUGUGCCCAUCGCCGUAGAGGACCCAAACAACCUGGUUUCUCUGAUGAAGACGCUUUGUGGGCGCAUGCGUGGACAAGUCGAGUACCAGGCGGAACCCGGCGGCGCAUGGUAUUCCGGGAUCGCUUACGUCGAUGAAGAUGCAGGCAGUCUCAUGUUUGACACCAAUCAAAGCGGCUCUUUCCAUAUACCCAUUGUUGACGACUUGAGAGGCUGCAGCGUUGUUCCCGCCGAAUAUACUCAAGGCGAUAGGCAGUGCCUCGAAAUUACUACACCGACUCCCACACAUAUGCUCUUACUUCCCAUCAUACACGACGACCUCGACCUCUGGUUAGCUGCUCUGCUUAGCUGGCAGCAACUGCGGCCCAACCCCAUCAAGUUCGCCAACGGCAAGCCGGCAAGCCCCACGGCCCCUUUUCGACCUGAUUUGCGUCCCUUCGGCAAGACGCCUGACGAGACUAAGCCUAGAAACAUAAUCAAGAUUGACAAGUUGAUGCUUUGGGACAAGGGCGCCGCUCCCAAUCCCAGAGCAGCCUUUCAACGCUCCUCAACACGCGAUAUUUGGUCGCCUUCAGCAGCUUGGCGUCGAGUUUCGUGCAUCUUGCAUGAUACCGGUGAGCUGACGCUCAUGCUGGAAACCGAUUCCAUCGUCCUGUCUCACAUCGAUUUGACUCAACUCUCGAGAAACGCCAUCCAGCAGCUAGACCGAACUGUUCUCGAUGAGGAAUUCUGCAUAGCCAUCUUUCCAACCUACGCCCCCAAGGCUUCGCGCGUUUCCGUUUUCCGCCCAGUAUACCUGGCCUUGGACAGUCGGAUACAUUUCGAGGUUUGGUUCGUCUUGCUACGCGCAUAUGCUAUUCCUGAUCUGUUCCACCUUGGAGAAACGGAAGACGACGUGCUCAGCAAUACUCUCGACAGCGAAACAGAGAAUGAGGGCGAGAUUUUCCGCAUGAAGAAAUCUGUCACAGUUCGAAUAACCGAAGCCAAAAUAAAAGCUCGACCAGCAGGACUGGACUACGUUCUGCCUGAAAAAUUGCACAAGAUGGAGCACGACCCGCUGAUCGGAAAUUAUCUGGCUGAGGUCAUUCUGGAUGGCGAAGUACGAGCACGCACAACCACGAAAUGCAUGACAAAAAACCCCUUUUGGCGUGAAGACUGUGAAUUCAUGGAUCUGGCACCUUCGGUUCAAGAGCUAUCUGUCGUUCUGAAGCGUAUUGAAGGUAUGGACGGCAGCCGAGGCGCCUUUCCCCAGGAGCUCAUUUGCGGAACGGUUCAUAUUGCCCUAGAUCAACUAGAGCGCGGCCAAUCUCAUGAAGACUGGCUGCAAAUCAGAGAUGAAAAGCAACAAGUCAUCGGUUCCAUGCUUAUUAGGCUUUCUCACGAUGAGCAUGUGGCUCUGCUAGCCAAAGAGUACGAAGCUUUGUCCGACACCCUGCACCGUUUCCCAACUGGGCUGACUACUCUCAUCUCUGCUGCGUUGCCCGGACAGCUCAAACAACUAUCCGAACUAUUCCUCAACAUCUUCCAGGCUUCAGGCGCUGCAUCUGAAUGGCUACUCGCACUCGUCGAAGAUGAAAUUGACGGCCCUGGCAGCCAGACAUCGAUGAAAAAGUAUAGGUUCAACAGCAGGCUCAAGUCGAACGAAUCAAUCGAAUCACCUAGCGAUCGUGAGUUGAUUGUUCGCGACAUGAGCAAGUCGCUCGCGGGCGAGGCGAACCUAUUGUUUCGUGGAAACACUCUUCUGACACAAUCAUUUGAGUUUCACAUGCGACGCUUGGGAAAGGAGUAUCUCGAAGAGGCUCUGCGGGACAAGGUUUUUGAGAUUAACGAACAGAAUCCAGACUGUGAGGUCGAUCCCAGCAAGCUCAACGGGGCCGAUCUUGACCAACACUGGAACCAGCUCAUCCGCAUCACCUCCGAGAUUUGGCAGUGCAUCGCUCAAAGUGCAAAGCGCAUCCCGCCUGAGCUGCGACACGUUCUCAAGUAUAUUCGUGGAGUUGCCGAAGACCGGUUUGGGGAAUUCAAGCGAUCCACGACCUACACAGCUGUAUCCGGUUUCCUGUUUCUGCGUUUUAUAUGCCCUGCUAUCCUCGCGCCAAAGUUGUGUGGCCUGCUGCGAGACUUUCCUCGCCCCAAAGCACAACGCACUCUGACAUUAGUAGCGAAGACAUUACAAAAGCUGUCAAAUUUGGGAACUUUUGGAAAACGCGAAGAGUACAUGGAGCCGAUGAAUCGAUUCCUCACAUCACAUCGAUCGGUAUUUCGCGAGUACAUUGACCAGGUCUGCAGCAUCCCCUCAGAUCGCGGCGUCGUGGCACCCCCUGCCAACUAUAGCACUCCCAACACUAUUUGUGGACGGCUUAGUCCUACAUCGAGAGAGGGCCUGGGUAGUCUACCAUAUCUCAUCGACGCGCCCAUAAGCUUCGCUGGUUUGGUCAAGCUGUGGACAAGCGCCGGCUUCGAUGAUCUUAAUACAGAACACACCGACGGUGAACUGAUUAUUUUCAACGAUCUUUGCUUAGGCCUGCAGAAACGAGUUGACGCCUGUAUGGCUAAAGCUGGCCGCGUGCGCGCUGCCGAAGCCGCAGCCCGGGGAGCCCCGUCGCGCCUCGUUGAAACGCUUGAGCAGGCUGCCCUGGCAGAGCCCUUGCGCUCGCCCUACAGCGCCGCGUACACGGCCAUGUGUCAUGACGUCGACCAGUUGUUCAGCGGUUCCGGUAGCGAUGGGCCCGAUGAAGGCAGCAGCAGCAGCCGCCGCAGCAAAGAUAUGCGCCGUGGGCGUGACGGCCACGACGGGCGUAAAACCGGUGGCUUUUCGUCCCGUGGAACUCCCAAGGGCCGAAACGGCAAGGUCGGCCGGACGCUAUUAAGCGGCAUUAUGAAAAUUGGUGGUCGCGCUGAGAGUCCCGAUUUCAAAAACCGGCAAUGA